AUGCCGCCCUCACGCCUUGCACGCCUCCCGCGGUGGAUUAGCCACUGGCUUGGCUACCGUUCCGAAACUCCGAAGCCGUUAGGAACAUACCAAAUAGCCGCAUGGUCCUUUAUUAUAGCUUUCUGCGGCCUCUCGGUAUUGCAAGGAAUCUUUAACUAUUCCGAUUACUUUACCUCGCGCCAUGUUCCAGGCAUUGUCGCCUCUUAUGGAGCAUCGGCAGUCCUCGUAUUCGGUGCCAUUGAGAGUCCUCUAGCUCAGCCACGCGCUUUGAUCUUCGGCCACUUCUUCAGCGCAUUGAUCGGUAUCUGUAUUACCAAGCUCUUCAGCCUUAUGCCAGACCAUGCGCGAUUUGAAUCAUUACGCUGGCUCGCUGCCUCAUUGUCCACCGCCACCGCCAUCGUUGUCAUGCAGCUUACUGGGACGACCCACCCGCCUGCUGGUGCGACUGCGCUGCUUCCGGCUACCAAUGAUGAGAUCUGGGAGCUCUCUUGGUACUUCUUACCUGUGGUUCUACUGUCAUCAACCAUGCUUAUGUGCGUCGCCUUGUUGUUGAAUAAUCUGCAGCGUCGUUACCCCGUCUUUUGGAUUGCGCCUUCGCCACCGCCUAAACCUGUUGCUGCGCCAGAGCCAGAAUUAGCUCCGAAGUCGUCUGCCGAUGCUUCAUCGCAAGAGAACUCGCCUAAAGAGUCUGUUUGA